AUGGCUUCAAAGAAAGACAAUUUGUUUGAUAAUUUUGAAGAAGUUAAAAAAUUAAACGACAUAGAUCAGUUAUUUGCUUAUGCUGCACAUGCCCAAGUGCACCAAAGACAUAUGGCAGUAAAUUUCAUCUUGUCAAACUUGAAGAGCCUAUGCAGACAGGAUGUGAAGAAGUUGUUCGCUGUCAUUGACAUGCUCCAGAAAGAUCAGGCAAUUUCAGUGAAGAUACUGAUUGCAGAGAAGUUGUACGAAAUUGGGUCACAUUUUUCAGGUUUAGUGGAGAAGACGUUGUUAUCUGUUGUCAUGGAGACGACAUCUUGUGACAAUGAGGAUGAAUUGAGGUCCGAUGGAAUUUUUUUGUUGAUCGGCUUAGCAGGGUACAUGAAUGAGGACAUCUUAUGCAGUGUGCUUCCUUUAUUCAUCCAUUUGUGCGGCGAUCCUUCCUUCCUCGUUAGGAGGGCCUGUGCCAGUGGAUUUGGAGAUCUGUGCAAACUGGUGCGAGCAGAGCUCGACAAGUUCAUCUCUCUCUGUGACGACAACGUGUGGGGUGUGAGGAAAGCGUGUGUUACUUCGUUUGUAGGCGUGGCCUCUGCUGUCAAUCAAAAUGUCAGAUGGACUGUCAUGGCGGAUCUGUUCAUGAAACUUCUGGAAGAUCAAUCGAGAUGGGUGCGUCUGUCAGCAUACCAAGUGAUUGGAGAAUUCAUUUCUACUUUCCAACACGAUGAGUUUGUCGAUGUGUCAUCAUCAUCAACAACAUUGUCAUCAACAUCUGCAACGAACACGGCCAACAUGGUGACAACAUUCACCACAAACUCAUCAACGUCGCCUAUUAAUAUUUCUUCUUUGAUUAUGACGUCAUCAUCGUCAGCAGCAGCAGCAACAGCAGCAGCAGCAACAACCACAACCACAAUAGUCAGUUCCUUCAAUGCGAUAGUGAAACGAUGCAAAUAUUUUAAAAGCGACGACGACGACGACGACGACGAUGGUGUUGAUGAUAAUGAUGUUGAUGGUGGUGAUGGUGAUGAUCAUACUGACAUCAUCAGUGUUGAGAAUGAUGGCUUUAUGCAUGUUUGUGCUAACACUUAUAACAACAACAACAAUAACAACAAUAAUAACAAUAAUAAUAAUAAGGAAGAUGAGAAAGGUGGUGAGGAGCAGCAGCAGCAGAUGAUGUGCAAUGCAUUAAGUUCACUGAAUGACGAUGCCGUCAAUGGGGAAGUUAAUCUAAGCUUCAAAUAUGAUGACGACGAUGACGUCAGAAGUAAUAAUAAUAAUAAUAAUAAUAACAACAAUAAUAAAAAUAGCAAUAAUGAUGAUGAUAAUAAAGACUGCAGUAAUCAAAAUGAUAAUAUAAUAAUCAGUAAUAUUUACGAUAAUACUACUGCUACUAAUACCUCCGUGACACCUUCAUCAUCAUCAUCAUCGUCGUCAUCGUCAUCAUCGUCGGUUUAUUGCAAUAAGGCUGACAACUUACCUGAUCAAAUCCCAAUAAACGCAUCUUCACGUGGCAGUGAAAACGACAGCUACACUAAUAACAACAACAACAGUAGCAACAGUAACAACAACAACAGUAACAACAAUUAUAAUAAUGGUCAAAGUGGUGACGAUACCGAGUUUGGCUUGAAUGAUUUCAUUGCAGCCAUGCUAGGUCACCCCAUCAGCAGCAGCAAUAAUAGUUUUAAUGAUAACCGUAAUGAUGAUUAUAAUGACAAUAACAUUAAUAAUAAUAAUAAUAAUAAUAGAGGUGAUGGUGAUGAUGAUGAUGAUGUCUCGGUUAGACAUUCGGCUUUCCAUGUUUACCGACCCAUCCAACAUUUAGCAGAGGAAAGUUCUUCCCUUCAGCAGCAGCAGCAGCAUUCAACGAGUGUUUCAAAGCAGCCAGCGACUUCGUCUCAAUGCACAGUAACAUCUCCAAUCGUCGCUCAACAUUUUCAAGGUCACGAAGUUGUAGAAGGUAACAGUUCGGCGCUGUCAUCAGCGCCCCCAUCGCCAUCGCUAACAACAACGUCAUCGUCAUCAAAUAACUCUCCAGCAAAUAAAAUUUUCGUCCCAGAUAAUUGCAACCCUCCAGUAGAGCACAUCCUCCACGACAACUUCGAUGCUUCGUUUAAAAUUGAUAACACAGCCAGUGAACUGCUUCAGAGCCAAAUAGAGAACAACAGCAGCACCAAACGGACCGACAUUAGCAGCAGCAGCAGCAAUGUAGAUGCAACACGUCUUGAAUCAACAACAACAAACCCACCGCCACCUGCAUCUCUUUAUAACUACGUACAUGCCGGUGAUUCAAAUGCUGAAACAACGCCAACAACAAAAACAACUAAUGAUACCUCAACAACAACUGACGAAGAAGUAACCUCAACAACUACGUACAGCGACAACAACAAAACCAUCAACAUCGAAUCAUCGAACGUUGAAGGCUUAGAAAAUAUGACACUGGAUAACAUUGCACCGAGAAGCGACAUCAACAACGACACCAUCGAGGGCGUCAACAGAAGCAGCGGCAGCAGCAGCAGCGGCGGCAAAAAGAUCCUCUUAAGAUCGGCGCCCAUCUUGUUGGUGCUAGAUGCAGCGAGCGUGGAGGAAGCGGACGCGCCCUCGUACGAAACUGCCAUCCACUUUGGCACAACCCACCAUCGCAUUCGAACACGACCUACAAGAGUUAACCUGAAUGAUGAUGAAUCUGCCGCUAGCGGGAAAGAUGAGGAUGAUGAGGAUGAUGAAGAUGAACUGAUGGUUGUCGGUGGGGAUGGUCCCCAACUUGAAACUGUCGAUGAGUUUAAUAAAUCCAACUUGACCUUGCCAAACGAGGGAAUGACCUUGAGACCGCUAUCUCCGGUCACGUGUCGAACGUUGAAAGCCGGUGGAAACAGAUGGAGCAGGCAGACGAUGGUCUAUGUGACGUCAUCGGGGACCGGCGGGAUGGGCGGACCAAAUAAUGAAAAGAGGAAACCAAAAACUUGCGACAUUAAAAUGAGAACGACCAGCACCGCAACUGGAUCUAAACUUCAUGGCCACAGUCCACCGUUAUUCAAUAUGACAAAAUUUGAACUUUUUAAAGCUCAAUGUGAUUUUCGUUUGUGGGCAGUUGACCAGCAGAGUCCCGUACCGAAGAAGUUGUUGGAUGCCUUCGUGGACAUGUCCGAUCCUGUCCUCUCUCAGCUCUACGAUUCAGAAAUCCAACUUAACUGCGCAUUCUCCUUUCCUGCUGUGACCUUGACGUUGACCAAGGUCAACUGGUAUGCCCUUAAGGACGUUUAUAUAUCUAUGUUGUCUAGCUCGCAGGUGAAAGUUCGUCGAACGCUGGCUCAUUCCCUGCACGAGAUGGCCCAAAUACUCGGCGAUGACGUCAUCAUGAGAGAUCUCGUGACUGUUUUCGACGAUUUCUGCUGCGACGUGGAUGAGGUCAAGGCCGGGGUCAUUGAACAUUUUUUCGAUUUUGUCAAGCUGAUUCCGGCAGAUUACAGAAGAAAGUAUUUGUUGAAGCUGCCUCGAAUUGUUUGCGAGGAGAACAAUGGAAGGAACUGGAGAAUGAGAGAAGCCGUCGUCAGGGAACUGGAAAAAUUCCUUGAUAUCAUGAGUGACGGUCGCGGCUGCAACAGCAGCAGCAACAACAACAAAAAUGAUGUUGAUGACGAAGACGAUGAGGAUGAGUUGUACACGCUUGUUGUGCAGUUUGUGUACAUCCUAUUGGCGGACCAGGUGGCUCUUGUUAGGAAGGCUGCAAUCCUAUUGAUCAGCAAGAUAAUAUUGCUGAUGUUCAUUAGAAGUAACUCAACUGCAACAUCAGAAACGUUGGUCACACAACCAACCACAUCACCAGUGACAUCUCCAGCCUCUUUAGGAUUAGAAACAACGUUCGAAACAUCAUCCACAACAGCACCAACCUCACCGACGACAAGUGCAUCAACAAGAGAGACCGUCCCAUGCAGAGGUGAUGGUUUAAAGUUAGUUGAACCUUCGGACGUCAUUCCAUCGUCAGACCAUGUCGACAAAGUUGUUGAAGAUGCCUCAAACGAAGCAUCAACGCCGAACACAAUAACUGCUUGUCAUGAUGUUUCUACUAUGAAAUUUGACGUCACAGCAGCAAGAACGACGACAAAACUAAUUGACGAUCACAGUGGCGAUGGGACAUCAGGUAAUCAUCGGCUCGGUAGCAAUCAUUUAAAUGACCAUCGCCAAUCGCAAAACUUGCUGGACAACGUUGAUGUCAAUUCAUCAACAUCUCAUCAACAACAGCAACAACGACAACAACGACAUUUUAGAUUGUUGUACCAGAGAAUGGUUGAGGACAUCAUUCAGAAGUUUGCCAAUCAUUCAAACCACAGAAAUAGACAGAGCUUCAUAACGGUCUGCCACCACCUCCUAUCAACCUGUCCCGACCUGAACACCCUGCAGAAGUUAUUCAUUCCCACCUCGUUGCUCACCUCCCUGCUUCGAAUGCACGCCGAUCCAAUUGUUAAUGUCCGGAUAACUCUCUGCAGAGUACUUCACACUAAUUUUAGGAGGAUUGCUUCUCUUCCUGAAAUAAAGUCGAAUCCUGCCGAACUGCUCGAUCCAAUCAACAAACUGUGGGAUGAUUCUGAUCCAGACGUCCACCAAUUGGCCGAGAGGUUCCUCGCUAUGAUGGUCCAUUGAUUCCUACUGGAUUUGCCUGAGCUAACUCAGAUUUGAGUGGCCCUGAGACUCUUAGCAAUGAUAGUACGAUGAUUCUUAUUGGUCUUCGGCAGGGUUAGGGUCAGGGGUUGCUUAUAUUAAACUGAGAGAAUAUUUAUGUUCAUCGUCAUCCACCUUAACUAAUUUAAAAAAACUUAUUGCUCCUUUAUUAAUUAUCGAUUAUUUUUCAUCUUUGUAAUUAUUAUAGCUCUGGUCUUAAUUAAUUAGUAUUCAAAAAUAUUUCUUAGGUUUGAAAGUAUUUUUAGUUAAAUUUGAUUACACGAACAGAAUAUGUCUGAUUUUCUUUUUUGUAUUUUCUGUUAUGGCGGCCCAAUCAGCCCUGCUUCGGGUCACCAGCUUUUUUUCUUACAAAUGACGAAAAAUAUAUAUGAGUGUGGAUGCUGGCAACGACGACGAUAAUGUGAUUUUUGUAGGGAUAGCUUUUAAUUUUUUUUAAAUUUAUAUAUUAUUUAUUUAUUAUUCCAUAUUAACACUGCUAGUAUUUUCAUUGUACAUUUUUUUCAUUCAUUCAUUCAUUCAUUUAUUCAUUCACUCUUUCAUUUAGUCAUUCUCUUAUUUGUUUGUGUUUGGAUAUAAUUUUACGUUCUUCACUAUUACUUGAACAGUCUUAACAUUGAAAAAUCUUCGUUCUUGGUUUUGUACAAUACAAACAUACAAACA